GGAUCUAUUACUUUUACAACUACACAAUAAUAAAUCAUGAAGCCAUCUUUGAUCUGGUGUGGCCUUUUGGCAUGCAUUUCUCCUCUUGUGUCUGCCACUGCCCUCACAUACAAGCUUAGCGCCAAUGAAAAAGCAUGCUUUUACUCCAAUGUCGACAAACAAGGUGCCAAAAUAGCCUUUUACUUCGCUGUUCAAGCUGGUGGAUCUUUUGAUGUGGAUUAUGAGGUCGUCGGUCCAAACGAAAGAAUUAUUAUGAAGGAAGAGAAAGAGCGACAAGGCGACUUCGUCUUCACUGCCACAGAGGUCGGAGAGUACAGGUUUUGCUUCAACAAUCAAAUGAGUACUUUCUCAGAAAAGUUUGUCGAUUUUGAAAUCGCUGUUGAGAACGAACCUCGAGCUUCGAUCCCCUCGAAACAAGGCACAACUCCCGAACAAACAUCCGCAUUGGAGGAAUCUAUCUUUAAACUCUCGGGCCAGCUCUCUACCAUUACAAGAAACCAAAAAUACUUCCGCACAAGAGAAAACCGCAACUUCAGCACCGUGAGAAGUACGGAGAGGAGGAUUUUUAACUUCAGUGUUAUUGAAAGCUUGAUGAUGAUGUGCAUGGCUGCGCUACAAGUCUUUAUUGUCCGAUUCUUCUUCCAGGGUGCCAGAAAGGGUUAUGUUUGAACGAAUUGGAUCUGGGAUGGCUUUGAAGAUGAUUGAAAUGAUUCUGGGCCCGAAGAGGGGUUCUGUGUACUAUACACUUAGCAAAAGUGACGCUCAAUAUGAUCAAAGUCAAGUUAAUUGGAUGCA